AUGGAAUGCGAAGAGGAAACAUCAGGAAAGCCAUCUCACUUCUCCCGGCGCAGAUACCAAGAUUUCCCUGACGAGGAAUGCGGAGAUUUUGAUUUGGGUGAAGAUGAUUUUGGUGAUAAGUUCGUUGAUGAUGAUGAUGAUGCUGACAAUGAGGAAAGAGGCGAAGGCGAUGGGGCAUUUAAUCGAACGUGGAUUCAAGAAGAGUCCUCAGAAUCAUUAUUUUCUCUAUCCACCGGCUCUAGAAAACAAGUUUCUGAAGCUGAAAAAGCGGACAAUGAAGUUGACAGUCCGAUGCCCUUCCGUGGCACAGAAGCUUUCGUCGGCAGGGGUAGAAGGAUUCAAAAUGUUUCCUCAGUAUUGAAUCCAAUUGAAAAUAUAACUCAAGCGAGGGUGGAGAAAGCAACAGCAAUGCAGACGCUGAAAUACGAAAAGGAAAACAUCAAUUCAGAGAGAGAUGUCACUGGUAUGCCCAGGAGCGGAGAGGCUAGUUUGGAGGUGUCCGAUGGUAAAGCAAGACUCGAGAAGUUCGAUGAUAAAAAUCAAGAAGAAAUCGGAGUCGACACCAGCCUCUCCAGCUGGUUGGUCGAAAUAGAGACCACACCCAACUCCAAGAAUGGCACGAAUUCUGUGGGAGCCUCCACAACACCCAUAAGUAAAAGGAGCUCGUUAUCACAGGUGAGUCAUGAAGAUAGGCCGAUUCUUGGAGCGUUGAGCAUGGAAGAGGUGAGGAAGUUUUCCGUAUCAAGUAAACCUUCAAGCAGGUCGAAAAGCCGAAGUCCAGAUGAAACGCCAAUCAUAGGUACUGUUGGGAGCUACUGGAGUUAUACAGGGCAGGCCAUAAAUUCAGAAUCGCCGAGUUCUUGGGGUCGAAUCCAAAAUCAGAGAGGUCAGGCUGAUUCUCUCAAGAACAACAGUCAUUGUUCAAAUAAAACCGGUGCUUUAAUGGUUAACAUUCCAGGCUAA